AUGCUCAAUUGGUCCAAGAGCGAAGCAACAUUUGAGAACCUGGAUACCAACAAAUCGCACACUAUUCAUUAUGAUAUGCUGCACAUUACCCCUCCGAUGUCGGUAUCUUCAGUGCUGAAAAACACUCCGGAUUUGGGGAACCCUGACCUCGGCGAUUAUGUGAAUGUGGACACCGCCACACUGCGUCACAAGAAAUUUCCUAACAUUUGGUCGCUUGGGGAUUGCGCUGCUUUACCAACCUCUAAAACAGGGGCAGCCGUCUCAUCUGAGGCCAUAGUGUUAUGCCAAAACUUGUUGAGUGUUCUCUCAGGUGGACCGGACAAUGUCGCCAAGAACUUACAGUCAACAACUGUCAUUGAGCAGCCAAAGGUUCACCGUUCCUUGUCACAUCACCGCUGCUGA